CGGAGCCGCGCCGGGAUGGAUUCGUCGUCGUCUUCCUCCGCGGCGGGUUUGGGCUCGGUGGACCCGCAGCUGCAGCGUUUCAUCGAGGUGGAGACUCAGAAGCAGCGCUGCCAGCAGCUGGUGCACCAGAUGACGGAACUUUGUUGGGAGAAGUGCAUGGACAAGCCUGGGCCAAAGUUGGACAGUCGGGCCGAGGCCUGUUUUGUGAACUGCGUUGAGCGCUUCAUUGAUACAAGCCAGUUCAUCUUGAAUCGACUGGAAGAGACCCAGAAAUCCAAGCCAGUCUUCUCAGAAAGCCUGUCUGACUGAUCUUAGCACUACUUUUUGGAAAAGGAAGGUAGUUCAAGAAAUGAAGAGCAGUUGAUGGGAUGGUUGAAGAAAAGGCUGUGGGGGAAUUGGCUCCCACCUUUGUCACUCUUGGGACACCCUGUCAUCUGAGAAUGAACAAAGACCAAUUUUGCGUGCGGGGGGUGUUCAGGGUCAUAUGCGUAUUUGGUCAUGUUUUUUAAUGCUAAUCUUGUGAAAACAAUUGACAAAUGAAUGGAAAACUCUACUAGAUGCGUAUUACUGUAUGUGGGACUAUGCUUUUCUCAAAGUCCCAUUAACUACUUCCUAUAAUUUUGAUGGUGGAACUGCUUUCUGUAAUUUGAUAGUGGGACCACAUAGGUGAAAACUCUCAUUUGCGUGAACUCAUUUCAGAUUUAUGGGGAGAUUGAUACACAUCUUUGUGUCUCUCAGAAAGGGCAGCAGUGGGGGAAGAGUAAUUCGGUACCUAACUAUAGGUCUCCUUAUCUAGUGUUUGACUAUCAGUGCUGGAAAAAAAUCUAUGGAAUGUUCAUAUAGUACAUUGCAGCUUUCUAGAUUAUCUCCCUCCCUGAUACUGUGAUUUACUUAAAUAUCUAUAUAAAGUAUGGUCUCGAGGUAGUACACGUAGCCUGAGAGUCUAGAGGCCUUUAGUUAUAAAGGAAUCUAGCCAGUGAACAUAAUUCUCAUUACUAAACUGCCACAAGGAAGAAAUUAACUUACCCUGUAUAUCAGGGUCCAAAAAAUUCAAAGAUGUGCCUAAAUAAGUUAUAAAGACUUAGGCCAGUCAAAAACUAAUAGCAGUUUCAGGUAGAGGUGCAUGCCUAAUGUAAAUCAGUAUAGAUUCCAUUUACUGCAUUUUGAUCACUGAAAUAAAAGCUUCUACAAGAAAAAAAAAAAAAAAAAAAAAGGCCCAGUAGAAUUUGGAUAUAGUGGCAUGAAACAAACAAAUUCUUGCAGUCAUGUUGUUUACAAUUUUGUGGGAAAUGAGAUGGUUAACUAAUGAUAAAACUUUGGUUUGUAAGAUGGAAAUAAGGGCUUUGACAGAAAGUAAAAAACAAUAUGAGCUAAUACAGAGGCUGAGGUCUGUAUAUAUCUUUUCUAUGAGGGGAGGAGUGAGUGAGGAUGUCCUUAUUAUUGUUAUCUGGGACUGGAGACUUCUAUUGAUUUAGACCACAGAUAUUUAUGGGGGCUUUUUUGUGUUUAAUAUUAUAGGGGACAAUUUUCAUUUACCUUUAAAUAUUUA